CCCUGUGUCAAGAUUUAGUACCUUACUCGAACGUUGGACUAUUUCCGGCAUAUACAGCCCUGUCAACAUGAUGGCAGAAUAUGAGGAAUAAAGGUUCGGUUGUCUAUGUCAGACUCGAUCGGGUUGUCGACGAACGAACCAGAUUAAAUUCAGAAGAUGAUUCUUCAUCAUUAGAUGAAGUACCACUAAUGAUGGCAGAGGACGGUAUUGACAGUGAGAAUGAUAGUUUGACAAAAUCUAGAAAACAACGUAGAACAUACGGUAGCACAAUAUCAUGGCUUCUAUGUUGCGGCUGGAAAGACAAUCUUUACAGAUAUCUGGGAUCACUUGAACAAAAAUGUAUCAAGAAAAAGGAACCAAAACCCAGGACAGUUCCAAUAGGAAGGCGGGCAGUCUAUCAAGAAAAAUAUCCAGCAAAUAUCAUAAGAAAUCAGAAAUAUAGUGUAUUUUCAUUUAUACCCCUGGUGCUAUACAAUCAGUUCAAGUUCUUCCUCAAUCUUUAUUUCUUAGUUGUUGCUCUAUCACAGUUCAUACCAGCAGUGAGGAUAGGAUAUCUGUAUACUUACUGGUUACCUUUAGGUUUCGUAAUUUUCGUCACCAUGUGCAGAGAGGCUGUAGAUGAUUUCCGUCGAUACCGACGGGACCGGGAAGUCAAUAGUCAGCUUUUUAGUAAACUAACAAAGACAGGCAUAAUAAAAAUCCCAAGCUCUGACAUCAAAGUGUCGGAUAUUAUUAUAAUUGGCAAGAAUCAACGUGUACCAGCUGAUAUGGUUUUUCUGAGGACAACAGAAAAAACUGUGGUUGAUCUAUGGGACCAUACAAUGGAUUUGUAUGAAAUAUCCGCUGAAGUGUAUGCCGAGAAACCUCAGAAAGAUAUCCACAGCUUUGUUGGCACUUUUACGAGAGUUGACGGCGGACGACAGGAAGAUCCUUUAGGCAUUGAGAAUACAUUAUGGGCCAAUACAGUUGUGGCAUCAGGUACCGCAGUGGGUAUCGUCGUCUAUACUGGAAGAGAGACUCGGUCUAGUAUGAACACAUCACAACCUGCAGCUAAAGUGGGAUUACUUGACUUGGAAAUUAACAGUCAAACUAAAGUCUUGUUUUUAGCGACAAUGAUCUUGUCAAUUGUUCUCAUUGCUCUCAAGGGCUUCAAUGGUCCAUGGUACAGGUAUUUCUUCAGAUUUGUCCUGUUGUUUUCUUCAAUCAUUCCUCUCAGCUUACGAGUGAAUCUUGACAUGGGUAAGAUGGUGUACUCUUUAAUGGUUCAACGAGAUAAAGCCAUACCUGGUACUGUUGUCAGGACAACCACCAUUCCUGAAGAACUUGGUCGAAUCCAGUAUCUGCUAUCCGAUAAAACUGGUACAUUAACUGAGAAUGAAAUGAUAUUCAAAAAGUUACACAUAGGUACCGUGUCAUUCGGUACUGAAUCUAUGGAUGAAGUCAUGUCGCAUAUACAGACGUAUUAUGUACAGCACCAUGGGACGGGUACUCUGACGGUAACGCCAUCCAAGAAAUCUAGCGGUAGUGCUUUAAGGCGUACAGUAGUUACACGGGUACAUGCGGCCGUCAAGGCACUAGCGUUGUGUCACAAUGUUACACCAGUCUAUGAGAAUGAUAAUGAGAACGGGGAAGAGACAGAGACUGUGGAAGCAGAUAAGGAUCAGGAAGCCAAGGUCACUUACCAAGCAUCAAGUCCAGAUGAGGUCGCAUUGGUGGCCUGGACAGAGGAUAUAGGAUUGGCCUUAGUGCAGCGUGAUUUGACCAGCAUGCAGCUACGAACACCUUUGGGAUCGAUACUCUUAUAUACCAUUCUGCAAAUAUUUCCAUUUACAUCAGAAAGAAAACGAAUGGGAAUUAUAGUAAAGGACGAGUCAACAGGGGAGAUUACAUUUUAUCUGAAAGGUGCUGAUGUUGUGAUGGCUAACAUUGUACAGUACAAUGAUUGGUUAGAUGAAGAGGUUGGGAAUAUGGCAAGAGAGGGAUUGAGAACAUUGGUGGUUGCUAAGAAACCACUUUCAGAUGACCAGUAUCAUGAUUUUGAGAUGAGAUACAAUCAAGCCAAGUUAAGCAUUCAAGACAGAGCUGCUAAAGUUGCUGCCAUUGCUGAUAGUUUAGAACAAGAUUUGGAGUUGUUAUGUGUAACUGGUGUUGAAGACAAGUUACAGGUGGAUGUGAGGCCAACUCUGGAACUGCUUAGAAAUGCUGGUAUCAAGACUUGGAUGUUAACCGGUGACAAAUUGGAGACAGCAACGUGUAUUGCAAAGAGUUCCCGACUCGUUGCAAGGACUCAAGAUAUCUAUAUAUUUAGAACAAUACUCAACAGAUCAGAUGCCCAUCUGGAAUUAAACUCUUUCCGUAGAAAAAGUGACAGUGCUUUAGUGAUAAAAGGCAAUGACAUGGAUAUGUGCUUACAAUUUUAUGAGCAUGAGUUCAUGGAGCUAGCCUGUCAGGCUCCGGCCGUAGUCUGCUGCAGAUGCUCACCGACACAGAAAGCUGAUAUUGUAGAACUUAUUAAAAGACACACAAAGAAACGAACAUGUGCAGUAGGUGAUGGUGGUAAUGAUGUGAGUAUGAUACAAGCAUCAAAUGUGGGAAUUGGUCUUGAAGGCAAGGAAGGAAAGCAAGCAUCCUUAGCUGCUGAUUUCUCUAUCACACAAUUCAGGCAUGUUGGUCGUCUACUUAUGGUCCACGGCAGAAAUAGUUACAAACGCUCAGCUACACUGAGUCAUUUCGUAAUGCAUAGAGGUCUAAUCAUAUCAACAAUGCAGGCAGUCUUCUCAUCCGUUUUCUACUUAUCUUCGGUGGCUCUGUAUCAGGGAUUUCUUACAGUUGGGUAUGCUACAGUUUAUACUAUGUUCCCAGUGUUCUCAUUGGUUUUAGAUGAGGAUGUCAGUGCUGAGACGGCAAUGCUGUAUCCAGAGCUCUAUAAAGACCUUACAAAGGGUAGAGAAUUAUCGUAUAAGAUGUUUUAUCUUUGGAUCUUAAUCAGUAUAUAUCAGGGCAGUAUACUGAUGUAUGGUGCAUUGUUACUUUUCGAAGAAGAGUUUAUCCACAUCAUAGCUAUUUCAUUUACAUCGUUAAUAUUAACCGAGUUGUUGAUGGUGGCGUUGACGAUACGUACAUGGCAUUUGCUGAUGGUUGGUGCAGAGUUCCUUUCACUUAUUAUUUAUAUUGCUUCACUGUUCGUCUUUAAAGAAUAUUUUGAUCCUGCAUUUUUCUUGUCUUGGGCGUUUGUCUGGAAGGUUGUAGUCAUCACUCUCGUCAGUUGCGUUCCACUUUAUAUAUUGAAAUACCUGAGAAGGAAAUUUUCACCUCCCAGCUACUCAAAGUUGACAUAGUGAUUAAUUUUAAUGACCUUGACUCUAACCCAGUCAUGAUAUUAUGACUUUAGAAAACAACGUUUUGGAUAUCACACCAUUCCAUGUAUGAAAGAUAUUGAAUGGACAAGCACUUAUUCAGUUGUAUACCAUAUAACAUAGCAACAGUCGUAUACUAUACUCCAUAGAAACAGUUGUAUACCAUACUCCAUAGCAACAGUCAUAUACCAUACUCCAUAGCAACAGUUGUAUAUCAUACUCCAUAGCAACAGUCAGAUACCAUAUUUCAUACCAAUCCAGUUGCGUAUUGUAUUCCAUAACAGUAGUCGUAUACCGUACUCGAUAGCACAUUAAUGUACCAUAUUUGCUCCAUUUGAAGCACAUAUGCUUAUUUACAUUUUGUGACCUUUAAUCCUUUGUGACCUUUAACCCUUUGAGCACUAAAGUCAAAUGUUAUCAGCUUUCAAAAAAUAAAACUCAUCUGAAUUUUUUCAUAUUUUCUCCAAAAUUUUUAUAAAACCCUGUAGCCAAUGGUAAAUUAUGUCCAUUUUGUUCAAAAUUAUCAAAACAAUUAUAGAAAAAUAUAUAAAAAUCAGCAAAAUAUUGCACCAAAAUUGAGGCGGGAAAAAUUAUAGUGUUCAAAGGGUUAAAUAUUUGGACUAUACUUUUAAUGAUAGAUGAAGCAUUGAUGUGUAUGUGAUUUUAUAGAAUACGAUUUUCGUACAAUUACAGUACCCGGUAUACCGGUAUGUAUACAACAAAAAUUAGUUAGCACUGAAUGAUAUCCCAAUUUUAAAACAAAGGUACGAUUGAUCAGAAUUUCAUAAAACUAUACAGUUUACAUAUAUUUAUACAAGUUUAGUGUGGUAUGCUCUGUUCAAUAAUCAGCCAAACUUCUGUUGCAAAUUUGUGUACUUUAAGAGUAGCGUUGAUUUCAAAAUUACACAACUUUACCAGGACACGUAUACAAUGUGAUCUUUUUUAACUGGUUAGUAUGAUGUACAGUGUUACUAACACAUAAUUGAAUACUUACUGCAUGUAUUGUCACACACCGAUUGUUAAGUUUAAUACGUUUAUUGCAAUUCUCUUACCGUAUUUAUCUGGUCAAAUAGAUGUGUGCAAGGGUGGAAAAGAUAAGGGCUUGGAACUUGGUGAUAUGCAAUGAAGACAUGCAUGUUAAUCUCAGAGGUCGCAUGGUGGAGUUUUUUUUAUCUUAUUUUCUCUAUUAGAAAAUUAGAAACGUAGAAGCGCAUCUCCAAUAGAAAUGCAUAUAAACCAGAAAUCUAUUUGGAUGUCUGUAAUUUACAUAAGCAAGUCACAUGCAUGUAUCUGUAUAGUACUGUCUGAUUGCAGUAUAGAAAGUCAUCAACAUUUGUUAACCUUGGAAACAAAAUCGUUUUCAGACAUUAGAAAAGGAGAAAAUAUUUUGUUAAA